GGAAGAGCGGCUCCCUGCGCGGCGGGAGGGCAGUGCGGUGCCCGGCACGGCAAGCUUAGGGGACCUGCGAGCUGGUCCGCGCAGCUGGGAGGUAGCGGCGCGGCGCGGCCCGGCUCGAGGGGGGGCUGAGACGCCGGGGACGGCCCCACCAUGGCCCAGUGGCAGGAGGUCCAGCAGCUGGAGAAAGCCUACCUGGAGCAGGUGCACCAGCUGUACUCGGAGGACCACCUGCCCAUGGAGGUGCGGCAGUACCUGGCUCCCUGGCUCGAAGACCAGAACUGGAGCCGGGCGGCCGAGCCCCCCGCGGCCGAGCCCCACUCUUCCCAGGCCCACAUGCUCUUCCAGACCCUGCUGGCCCUGCUGGACGACCAGUACAGCCGCUUCGGGGCCAGCGAGAACGACUUCGUGCUCAAGCACAACCUGCGCAAAUCCAAGCUCAACCUGCAGGCCAGGUACCAGGAGUGCCCGGAGCAGCUGGCCAACGUCAUCGCCAACCUGCUGCGGGAGGAGAAGGCCAUUCUGAGCAGGGGGCUCGCGGCCCAGCAGGCCGCAGCUCAGCCGCCGGCCAGUGCCCCCAUGGAGACGGACCGGCAGCAGAAGAUCGAGCGGCGCCUGGCAGAGGCCAAGGCAGCGGUGCAGGAGCUGGAUCGCGAAGUGCGGCACCUGGAGGAGCUGCAGGACACCUUCGACUUCCGCUAUAAGCUGCACCGUAUGGUUGCGAGCGGUGCUCCCCCCAGCCCCGACCUGGCCCGCCAGACGGAGCAGCUGCAGGCCAUGCUGAACAACCUGGACCGGAGCCGCAAGGACGUGCUGGCCCGGGCGCAGGAGCUGCUGGGCCGCUGCGAGACGCUGCGGGAUUUCCUGCUGGAGGAGCUGGCCGAGUGGAAGGACCGGCAGCGGAGGGCCUGCAUCGGGGCAGCCUGCGACUCCAGCCUGAGCCGCCUGGAGACCUGGUUCACGGGGGCGGCCGAGGUGCUUUUCCAGCUCUGGCGCCUCCUGCAGGCCCUGGGUGACCAGCAUGUCAAACUCACCUACCAGCACGACCCGCUGGCGACACAGCGACCCCUGCUGGAGAGCCGGCUGCAGGAGCAGCUCUCCUGCCUCUUGAGGAGUGCCUUUGUGGUGGAAAUCCAGCCCAUCAUGCCGUUCCCCAACCGGAGGCCCCUGGUGCUGAAAACCGGCAGCAAAUUCUCCGUCCGCGCCAGGCUCCUGGUCAAGCUGCAGGAUCGAAGCCAUCGGCUGGAGGUGAAAAUCGUCCUCGACCAGCAUCCCCCUGACGUGAAAGGGUUCCGGAAGUUCAACAUCCUGACGUCCACCAGCAAGACGCUGGUCCAGGACGAUCCGCAGAUGGAGGGGCUGGUCUGCGACUUCCGGCACAUAUCGCUGAAGGACCAGAGGGCCGGGGCCUCGGGCAAAGGCAGCAAAGGUGCCAGCGAGGGCCUGCUGGCCAUCACGGAGGAGCUGCACCUCAUCACGUUCACACUGGACUAUAAGUACCAGGAGCUGGCGCUGGAGCUCCAGACAUCCACCCUGCCUGUGGUGAUCAUCUCCAGCAACAACCAGUUCUCCAGCGCCUGGGCCUCCGUGCUCUGGUUCAACAUGCUCAGCCCAGACCCCAAGAACCAGCUGUUCUUCUCCGCGCCGCCAGCCGCCUCCUGGGCCCAGCUGGCCGAGGUGCUGAACUGGCAGUUCUCAGCCGCCACCGAGCGCGGGCUGGACAAGGAGCAGCUGCACAUGCUGGCGGAAAAGCUCUUUGGGCCGGAAGCCACCCCCGCCAGCACUCUGACCUGGGCCAAGUUCGCCAAGGACAACCCGCCCGUCUUCUCCUUCUGGACCUGGCUGGACGGGAUCCUGAACCUGAUCCGAGACCACCUGGCCCAGCUCUGGAAGGAUGGGCACAUCAUGGGCUUCGUGAGCCGCAAGCGGGAGCGGCAGCUGCUGAAGAGGAAGCAGAUGGGCACCUUCCUGCUGCGCUUCAGCGAGAGCAGCCGCGAGGGCGGCAUCACCUGCAGCUGGGUGGAGCCCGGGGAGAAAGGUCAGCCCAAGGUCCGGUCUGUGGAGCCCUACACAAAGAUGGAGCUGACGUCGCUGCCGCUGCCUGACAUCAUCCACGACUACCAGCUGGUGGCCGCCGAGAACAUCCCCGAGAACCCGCUCAAGUUCCUGUACCCCGGCACACCCCGGGACGAGGCCUUCGGGAAGUACUACACCGAGAGGAGGGAAGUGGACCUGCUGGAGCGGAGGAAGUACCUGAACCGGCGCCUGAUCCGAGUGUCCUCCAGGCAGCCGCAUGAGCCGUGGCUGCCGGAGGACAUGGUAGCAGCACCUCCUGCAGCUGAGGGGCUGGCAGCCAAUCACCUGGAGGCGCUGGAGCUGGGGGCCAAUCGACUGGAAGCGCUGGAGCCAGGGGCCAGUCACCUGGAGCCGCUGGAGCUGGGGGCCAAUCACGUGGAGGCACUGGAGCCGGGGGCCUGUGGGCUGGAGGCACUGGGAUUGGGGGCUUAUGAACUGGAGUCACUGGAGCUGGGGGCCUAUGGGCUGGAGGCACUGGGGUUGGGGGCCUAUGGGCUGGAGGCGCUGGAGCCAGGGGCCAAUCACCUGGAGGCGCUGGAGCCGGGACCCAGUCGGCUGGAGGCGCUGGAGCCGGGACCCAGUCGGCUGGAGGCGCUGGAGCCGGGACCCAGUCGGCUGGAGGCGCUGGAGCCGGGACCCAGUCGGCUGGAGGCGCUGGAGCCGGGACCCAGUCGGCUGGAGGCGCUGGAGCCGGGGGCCAGUACUCAAGAGGCGCUGGAGGCGCUAAAGCAGGAACUGGACCUGAUGAGCUUUGAUCAGGCUGGCUCCAACGUGCUCCGAGGCGGAGACCCCUACCUACCCCCACCGGCCGACAUGCCCCCCCCUGUGCUGUCUGGCAACACCUUGUUCCUGGGGGCCAACGACCUCCCCCCACUCCACGUCGACUCCAAGGACUUCCAGUGACAGCGUCUGCCCCUUGCUGGGGGGGCUCAGAGGCCAGGGCCUGUUCCCCAGCCCCCCCCGUGUAUGGGGGGGUGGCCCUGGCUCUGCCCUCCCCUGCCUUCCGGGUAGGCCCCGGGGCAUCCGUGGUCCCUGGGGCGGGGGGUUCUCAGGCCUUCCUGUCCUUAGUGGUGGGGUGCAGGUGGCUCCCCCGGGGGUGAGACGAACUCUCUCUCUCUUGUAAAUAAACCUGCCCCCCCCCAGCUCGCUGUGGUGCUGAACUGUCUGUCCCCCUUCUGUGGGGGCCGUGUGCGGGCUGCACCCUCCUGCUCCCCGGGGCUGUUGUGCUCUGGCUGGCCACCAGAGGGCACCGCACCCUCUCCUACCGUCCCCGCCCCCCCCCCACAGGUUGCAGGGGUGGGGGGUCCCCCCACCUGGAGGGGAGCCCCUGGCCCUUUGCCAAAGUGGAACUCGGCUCCCCCAGCCCAGGAGCAGGGCCCUGGCUGGCGGCCGGGGCCUGAGCGCUGGGCUGGUUCUGGGGCGGGGGGGCCUGGAGUUGGAUGUGGGGAGGAGCAGGGAGGGCUGAGCCCGGGCGGAGGGGGGUGUGUGUUACCAGCCCCCCUCCCCCCCCAGGGGGUGCGCUAGGGGCUGGGGCUGGCUUGAGGUUUCCCAGGGCGUCAAAGUUGGGACCAGACCCCAGGCGUCCUGCCCCUCGGUCCAUCCGUGUCCCCCCUGCCCCUCAACCACGCUGCCUCCUCCCGCAGAGGGGGCCGAGCAGAGCAGGGAGGGCGAUGCCCCUGGUGAUGGGCAGAAGCCCCUGCCCCUGCCCCUGGAGAGGCCCUGGCCCAUUCCCGGGGAGCUCGGGGGGCUGAGCUGGGGCAGGAGGGCUGGGUGUUGGUCUCUGAGAUGGUACUGGCCUGAGCUGGGUGCCGUGGCCCUUGCAACCCCCUGCUUCUCCCUCUUCUUCCCCCCCCCCCCCGUGCCAGCCAUGUGGCUGGGAAUUUUUUAUAACAUUUUGUAUGAUGACUGUGUGUGCCUCAGUUUCUCCAUGUGCUGCAUAGCUAACUAGGUGCCGGGGGAAAGGGUUACUCGCAGCCACCCAGGCGUGGCUGACACGCGGCUGGCUGGGACCCAGAAGACAACGGCCCUGGUCAGGGCCCCUCUGCAGGAAGCCGGCCAGGGGGGAGCAGCUGGAGAACAAGGAGCCGAGGAGGAGGAGGAGGGCGGCCGGGGGCCCAGCUUUGCCCGGGACCAGAGGAAAGGACGGCGGAGGGCCAAGGACCGGUGUUAAGUGGGGGCUGCUGGAAGCCAUGGACUCUGCGGGGCCGGGGCUGAGCGUGUUGGGCUCUGGACUGACCCCCGAGGACUUUUCCCUUCUCUGUGCUGCCCCGAGGUGUGUAAUAAACCCCCCGAACAGCA